CAGUUUGUGUGAAAUUGUCAAUUAAAUGAGGGGCUUGGGUUAUUCACGUUUGGCUAGGCUACAGCGGGGAGAUAACGGUGCGUCACAUCAGACGCGGAUUAAUGAGCGUGUGACUGCAUUUACGCACGCACGCAAUAUUCGCAGCGUUGAACGUUCUCUUCCGGUGCCGCUGCUGUGUGAUAUACAGAGACUGCAAUUGUCUCCAUCUGAAUGCCCUUUUGUAACGGGCCACGGCUGUAAAUAUUUCUCUCUAAAACAAAUCACUCAUGUCGCAGUUACUUAAAAUCUCAUGUGUGGAGACGACAAUUCCUCCAUCCUUUUUGAAUAACCAGGUCUAUUCUGCAGCCUGAUAUCAGGAACAUAAACUGUCGCUCCAUCUACAUUAGCACAGAUUUGUAAACGGUAUUUUUUUUAAAUACAACAACGCCCUGUGGACCAAGAUGCUGCAAGGGUCAGACACCUUUGUCUACGAGAGACCCCUGGUGGUCAGGGUAUCAUUUUCAACCUGUGUCCUGGCCACUGUGUUUUUACCGCUGCUCGGUCUAAUAUUAUGUGUUUUUAUAUCGUCUGUCUUUCAUUUUGAAGACUCCACAGGGACACAUUGCCAGGUUUCUAACUACCUUCCAUCUAUCAGUGCCUCAAUCAGCCUUAGUCCAGAAUGCUAUAUAUGGCGCUUCUGCAUUGGACUGCACUCAGCACCAAGGUUACUGGUGACAUUUACCUACUUCAAAUUCUACAAAAUGCGUUUUGCCUCCAAAUACCCCGAGGGUCCCCUCAGCUGUUUGAACCUGGCAUUUUCUCUUCUGGAAGUCCUCGGCCUGUUGCUGCUCACAUAUGUAUCUUCUAGUGAGACGUUCUUUGUUCAUAAGGAAGGUUUCGUGAUGUUCAUCAUCAGUUCCCUUGUCUACAUGCUGAUAACCUGCCGACUGUGGAAGGCUAUAAGAAAAUAUUCACUGAGUCCUGAGGAUGCUAAAUCUCAUCACUGGAAGGUGAGAUUUCUACUACUCUACGUGUCAUUCUGUGCUUUCGCUGGAUUCUUUUACUGGAAACACAACAUGUACUGUGAAUCUGGGACUUACACCUUAUUUGCCCUGUUUGAGUAUCUCAUCGUUUUCUCCAACAUGGCCUUUCAUCUCACAGCUGUUUGGGAUUUUAAAAGUCGCGAAGUCAUGGUCAUCUCCUCCUCUGAAGAUAAAACCUUCUGACUAGAGACUCAAGGACGCAGUGCUAAACAUAUCACUGCUUAACCAACUGAUGAUAGCAGCCUUGAUCCCACUCAAGAGGAGGAGUUUGACAAAGGCCUUUUCCAUAUAUAUCUAUGAUGACAGCACCUGGAGUCUUGUGCGGAGCAAAAUGACAUUUUGCACAUAUUCAACAGAUCAGUAUGUAUAGGUAUUCAGUGUUUAUAAAGUGUUUUUUUGCAAAUUUUUGUUUUUAUAAAUACAGGUGUUAACCAACUAUGUGUCAGAAUAUAGUGAUGAUUUCUUUACCAUUAGUUUUAAAAAAAGACAGUAAAAAAUGUAUUUGUGUGUUUUAUUUACAUCAGUCUGAUUUCCAUGAGGUAUUUCAAUGAGCAUUUAAUCCAAUUUUAAUAAUAUAAUUUCAUAUAAAUAUAUGAAUGUUUGAUCUAUUAUUUCUCAAUUCCAAACUCGUAUAAUUAUAAUAUAAUAUAAUUCAACCGUGUUGAAAUAUAGCCACAGAUUUUACAGUGUGAUUACCUAUACUAUCCAGUAGAUAGCAGACUUGAGCAAUUUGUGAAACGUUACGAGAUGGCGUUUGCUGACGUUAACUAGACUGCAGAAGAAGAAACUGCAGAAGUAAUUGCGUAUAAAUAUGUAAAUAUAUAUGUAUAUAAUUAAUAAUAAAAACACGUUCGGCAAUAUUAUUCAAUUGUUAAAAAACACACAGCAAAUAGCUCAAAGUCACAGCAACAUUGUCAAGGAGUGAGAAGGUGAAGCAAGAGAGCUAAAGAGGUUAGAAGAAGAGUUAGAUGCCAAGCCGUCAAUAAGCAGUUACAUAAAGCUAGCAAUGAAAGGUCCAAAUUGGAAUUUUAUUUGUUUAGAUUUUUCGUCUCAAGUCAAACGCAAUUUUCUUUCUGACCACGUAACGGCACGUCUUUGGUGGUUUUUAUUUAAAUGUGCAGUAUAUGAUUUAUCUCAUAUUUCUCAAUGAAGUUGUUAAUGUUAAAC